CCAAUGGGGGCGGCCGUUACAUGGCGGGACCGUGGGUGUGGGGCGGGUGUGCAUUAGGGCAGAGGUGGCACUGGCGGCCCUGUCCUGGUCCCUGCGCCCGCACUGCCCGGUACCGGCCCCUCCGCCCACGCCGCCCGGCGGCGGCCCCGCAGGCAUGGAGCCCUCGCAGGUUGCCAUCAUCGGCAGUGGACUCAUUGGUCGCAACUGGGCCAUGGUGUUUGCUGCUGGAGGCUUCAAAGUGAAACUUUAUGAUAUUGCACAACAACAGCUAACAAGUGCGCUGGAAUACAUUCGCAAGCAAAUGAAAGAGCUGGAGGAGUCGGAAUCCUUGAAAGGCACUUUGAGUGCGGAGCAGCAGUUGGCUCUCAUUAGCACCUGUACAGACCUGAAGGCAGCAGUAGAGGGUGCUACUUUCGUUCAGGAAUGUACCCCGGAGAACUUGGAACUGAAAAGGAAGAUUUUUGGUCAGUUAGAUCUUAUUGCUGAUGACAAUGUUAUCUUAAGCAGCUCAACCUCUUGUCUCUUACCCAGUAAAGUGUUCACUGGCCUUAAGCACGUUAAGCAGUGUAUUGUGUCACAUCCUGUAAAUCCACCUUACUUUGUGCCAUUGGUUGAAAUUGUUCCUCAUCCGGAAACAGAUCCUUCUACUACAGAGAGAACAUAUGCCCUGAUGAAGCAGAUUGGUCAAUCUCCUGUCAAACUAAACAGAGAAAUUGAGGGGUUUGUUCUGAAUCGGCUCCAGUAUGCAUUGAUAAGUGAAGCCUGGAGACUUGUGGGUGAUGGAGUAAUCUCUCCUACUGAUCUGGACCUUGUGAUGUCUGAUGGACUGGGAAUGCGAUACGCGUUUAUUGGACCUCUGGAAACCAUGCAUCUUAAUGCAGAAGGUAUUUCAAGUUAUUGCGAAAGAUACCGUGAAGGUAUGAAACUUGUUCUGAACACCUUUGGACCAGUUCCAGAAUUUUCAGGUGAAAUUGAGGAGAAAAUCAAUCAGGCAAUAUCUGAAAAAAUUCCAGUUGUUCCAGAAGUCCUGGGUGCCAGGAGAAAUUGGAGAGAUGAAUGUCUCACUAGUCUUGCCAAGAUGAAAAAACAAAUGAAAUCUGAUUGAGGUGCACCUUGUCUAACAGGAGAGACCAAAUGAAGAGCAGAUCUUCAUAAAAUGUGGAAAUUUUUGGCUGUGCGGAAGAGGAGACUGAAUGUGCAACUAAUGAUAUGCACGAAGAUAGAGACCAAUGAAACAUUUGGUCCAAAUUUGUCAUGUAAUUCAUGGAUAACUGGAAACAGUUAUUUAAAAGUUCAGUUAAAAUUUAUCAAAUUUUAUAUAAAUGCAUUACAUGUGCAAGCAUUAAGUAGCUUUAGCAAUAUUAAUAUUGUGCAAUGCUGGAACACAAUGAGGUUUUAAAUAAUGCAUUUUUCAGUUUGCUUAGGAAUUCAGUGCUUGAACAAUAUUUGCUUAUGCAGGGAUCUGAAAUGGGCAAACAUCAGCUGUUUGUCACUGGAGUAAAUAAGCCCUCACCACCAAUCCCUGUGACAGCGAGGUUAAUUUGUAAAGCACUGACUGUAGAUAGGAGAAGGUUGUGUUGAGCAAAGAGUAGAUUCACUGGCUGCUGAGCUGGGACCUCAGCAGCACUAAGGGUCGCUUCAGCUUAGCUCUGUAACUGUCCCACAAUGUAGGGGAGAGAGUCACUCUUCUUUCCCUCCCUUUGGCGCUUCUGUACCUGUAUGAUGAUCUAAGUGUGAGUAAAUAGAGCAGAAUUCCCACCUCAUCCCUUAACUCUGGUUCUGUAAGACUUACCAGACACUGACUCGGUCUUUAAGACCAUGCACUUGAUACCCAUGGUUUUGCCCCCCAGCUUAAGUGAGACGUUUGAUGCUGGCCAUUGGCAUUGCCCUGUUUGAAGACUUGUCUGUGAGAAACAGGAGAUUUUGAUUUAAUAGCUAGUUUGGGAGACAAUACAGUGUAGUGGGUUGGUCUGGACCCUCUCCCAGCCGCCUCCAUGACCGUCUGAGUGAUCUUGGGAAGCCAGUUCACCUCUCUGUUGCCAUGUGUAUUCUGUACAUUACCUGAAGCAAGGGCUACCUCUUUAGGACUCAACUGUAGUGAAUGUGACAGCUAUAGCUGAAGGGACCCCAGGUAUCUGCCAUUUUGCUCCUCUACAGAGGGAAAGGUGCUGUGGCCUAGAUGCAGCUUUACUGCUGCCCUUCCACAGAAGACACGACGUCUCUGUCAGAUACAAGGAUGCAGGAUGCACCUGGAAGUAGUAACAUCCUCAGUUGCUGCAGUGGCGUGUUUUGGUCCACAGCAAAGUGUUGUUAGGAAUGUAUGUACCCUGUGAUAUAGUUGGACUUGGAUCUUAGCUGGAACCUCGGGGCAUUAUUGUUAUGCAGAUAGUAACUCAAAGCAGUGCAUUGCACCCACGCUGCUGGAGUUAAGCAGUUCUGAAUUUGUGCUAACUGGUCAUGUAACCACAGCACAGAUGCAGAAGUUGUAAACUGUCAUUUUGCUAAUGCUCUUGUUUUUACAGAGGGUGCAGCACACAAACAGGUUGCUGAAACUUAAUUAGUUACCAUUUUGAGCUGAACAGCAGAAAUGCCUGUAUGAACAUACCAAUACCACUUAUUUCUGCUUAGAGCAUGGUAGAAGAGAGCUAAGAUAAAUUGUAUUGCUUGACACAAGUGGUGAGCCAAGAACACAUUUCUGGAUGUGAAACAUGGGUUGGGAUGCAAAGUGCAGAGGUUGUCCUAUGCUCCUUUAUAAUCAGUGGAGAAAAAGGAAGAUUUGUAAGCUCAAUUUAGUUUAUGCCAAUAUAGACCUCAAAUUGUCAGUUUAUUCUGUUGCUUUUUGUUGCCACACUGACUGGCUCAACCUGCGUUUGGACAUCUGAAGUCAGGGAGGUCAGUCGUCAAUCCUGAUGCAUUAUUAAGCAAUAUUAACUUAAUUAUGGGGCUGAUUUCCUCAUUUUAUGUAUUUUUUUUUUUUAAUUUCAGACAAGGCUAUAGAAAGUUCCAUAUACUUUCAGGAUUAGACCUGUUUUGCUAUGAGCAUAUGAUAUUGCUAAUUAGCUCACCUUGCUUCUGUGUAUUCUGAGAUUUUUAAAACUUGAUCUUGUCAUCAAAUAUUUGCCUCCACCUUUAUUAUUUGCUUAUGAAUAAAAUAUUUUAAUGAGAAAGAUAUUAA